UUUUAUUAUCAAUCAAUACUUUGGACAAAGAAACACGUAUGGGUUAGAAAUAAAUUGCAAAAAAAAAACACUUUGCGCAAACUCAUUGUUUGUCCCUUUAGCAUUAGAAGAAUUAAGAAGGGACUUUUUUUGUAACGAGAGAUCGCAUCCACCUGCAGAAAAAGAAUUUUUGGCUGACUGCCAAUUCUAAUGUCCAUCAGAUUAUUCUUAAACAGGGGCUUAUACUGUGUGGAAGUAAAAGGAUUCGGAAAAUCGAAGUGUUCCAUUGUACAAUCUAAUACAACCCGUGUAUAUAAAAAGCUUUUUGGAAGCAUGAAAUUUGCAAAAUUAUCACAAACUGAAGAUUUGAUGCCAACUCUUGGAUUAGGUACAUGGCAGGCUUCAUCAGAUGUUAUAGAAUCUAUUGUAUACAGAGCUUUGGAAUUAGGCUACCGACACAUUGAUACAGCAUUUAAUUACAACAACGAAGAAGCUAUCGGGAAAGCAAUAAAAAAGUGGAUUGCGGAUGGUAAUGGUUCAAGGAAAGAUUUGUUUAUCACAACAAAGUUACCACAUGUUGGUAACAGAGCAGCCGACGUAAAGAAAUUCGUCGAUAUUCAACUCAGUCGAUUGCAGCUGGAGUACGUCGAUUUGUAUCUAAUUCAUGUACCUUUUGCAUUCUAUUGCGACCCCGAGACAUUGACACCAGUUGUGAAACAUAAUGGGGAAUAUGAUUUAGAUAUGGAGACGGAUCAUGUCAGUAUUUGGAAGGUGAUGGAAGAGUGUCAGAAAGAGGGUCGUAUCCGAAAUCUAGGAUUGUCAAACUUCAACGAGGACCAAAUAGCUAAGAUAAUGAAAGCGGCGUCGUUUAAGCCGCAAGUACUACAAGUAGAGUUGCACGCGUACUUCCAACAGGCGGCGCUGCGAAAGUUUUGUGAGGAGAAUGACAUCGUUGUGACUGCGUAUGCGCCACUAGGCAGUCCGGGGGCUAAGGACCAUUUUGUGAAUAAGUAUAAUUAUAGCCCGGAUAAGUUCCCAGACCUUCUGGGUCAUCCAGAAGUGAAGGAUAUUGCCGUGAAGCACGGCAAGACUACAGCCCAAGUGCUAUUGCGCUUUUUAGUGCAGCAGAAAGUUGUUGUCAUUCCUAAAAGUACCAGCGAGAAGAGGAUUAAGGAAAAUGCGAACAUCUAUGAUUUUGAAUUGACUCAAGCUGAAAUCAAUCGAUUGAGAAACCUAGACAAAGGGGAGGAUGGACGCAUUUUCAAUUUUUUGUUUUGGAAGGGAGUCGAAAAACAUCCAGAAUAUCCAUUCAAAAUAUCCGAAAUAACUGCCUAAAAGCUAUAUUAUAUUGAUACAUUGCCAUAAAAAUAAAGAAGGCACGAGUAAAACGCCAGAUUUCACCUUCAUUCCUAUAAUUUAAUAGGAAAAUUAUCAAAUAUUCUAGUCAUUAUUUACCUCAUUAUGUGCUAGUAGUUUUAUUUUUUCAUUUAGGACAAUUCACUAAGCUCGGUAGGUAUGGUGUAUGUUAAUAAGCAUCAGUGAGAAUUUGUGAUGUAACUGUAUUGUGCAUAGGGCUAGUGUUGAAAACACAGAGUUUCUACUUCAAAGAAGAAUGAUUGCGUUAUUUUUUUUUUCAAUAAAA